AUGACGGGAACAACGAAUGAGGUCAUUGGAUCUGGCAAAAUUCGCGAUUCGUGCAACAGUUGCAGUUCACAGAAGAUCAGAUGUACCAAGGAGAGGCCUGCCUGUGCGCGAUGUGUCUCCAAAGGACUCGACUGUGCAUACUCCAUUUCCAUGCGGACUGGACGCCCUUCCCGUGCUUCGCAAGCGGCUGCGGCUGCGGCUGCUGCUGCUACUACUAAUAUGACAGCCACUGACUCUUCAGUUACGAGUAGCAGUGAUAACUCUAGCAGUUACAUAGCGGUCUCUCCUCCUCGUUCCCCCAGUAACGCGCCAAAUCAGCCGAAACAACAAUUAACACCGAUGAUGGGGCACCAUGAAGGAAGCUCUACCGGUGUCGCAGAGUCAGCAGAGUCAAUCCUUGCGCAUCUCGAUCAACAGUUCUUCUUGAACGAUGAGUUCUGGGUCCCGGAUAGUGGAGGAUUUCAAACCGACCUUGCUGAACAGAGCACCUCAAUGCACAGCAUGUCACCAGCCGGAGCAAGCACGAUGUUGGAUUGGAACGACAUUUCGACGAAAGAGAUAUCAGUGCCGAUCGGGAAAUCGGGGACAGUUCCUCCGGGACAGAACUCCACUCAGAGGGCGCAAGGACAUCAGCAGCAACAGGAUUGUGUCUUCCCGAAUGAUAACCUGGGGGAGCCUCAAUCGGGGUCGUCUUAUGGACCAUCAAACGAGACUGCCAUGACUGGUUCAUGCGGUGAUUCAGCAGAGCAGAGUUGCCUCACCAGUCUGUCGCAACUCACUCUCGAGCUCCACGUACAAGACUCAGUCUGCACUACGGCGAUAUGCUCAGGAUCGAGCCAACAGCACCGGGAGGAGACUAAUGUCCACCGCGGCGUCGACUCCGUAUUGCUACAAAACCGCUCCGCGGUCCGCCUGCUUGCUCGUGUGCUCGACUGUCCCUGCUCUCGUGAGCUGAGCGUCACGCUGGCUGCAUAUCUCGUUGCCUGCAAGAUUGUGGCCUGGUACGGCGCCAUCCUCGGCGUUGGGUGCACGCCCUCGGUGGCUACUCGUAUCACGGAACAACCCAUCGUUAUGGGAAGCUACAGUCUUGACGCCAGCGUGCAGCGUUCGGUUAGAGCUAAAGUCGUUCUGAGCGAGCUGAGUCUGCAAGUCGAACCGCUAUUGGCAAGCCUACCCCAAUUUCAUGUGACGCUUGGCGAACUUGCGUCCUGGACGACAUCGUCCCCAUCCUCACGACCUGUGCCACCGGUGGAUCAGCAAAGAUGCUUCCUGCGAGAUCAACUCCAGAAGGUUGUGUACGAAGCUCUCAAGCUCACGAGCCAAGGAGCGAAGGAGCUGUCGGAGAAACCAACAAGUCAGCCGGUCAACGAAAUGGGCAGUAGUGUUGAGCAGUCCAUCGUGGGUUGGAGAAAAAGGCGGCUCGGGAAUCGGCGAGACGUGCACACCGGCAUCAUGACAUGCAUCCUUCGAGGCGCGGACCAUGCAACACGUGGUGAUUGA